UAUAGCUGCCCCACCGCUUGACCGCCGUAUACUCGUAUAGUCACGUGAGCUCGGAGAAAAGAGUCGCAAAGUGGGGAGUUGUUUUUGGACCGACCGAGUAGUCGUACGUACGCCAUCCGUCGAAAAACUGUCAGUCGGAUUUCUCCUCCAAAUCUUAAUCGUGAAUCCGCAAUAAAGUGCCAAGAUGGGAAAGGGCUUUAAUAACUACAUGUGCAAGAAAUUCUUUCAUCCGGCCUCCAGGGAUAAUCUCAAGCGAGUAUGGAUGGCCGAGCAGCAGGCCGAGGCCUACAAGAAAAAGCAGGAGGAAUUGCGUAUGCAGUAUGAGAAAGAGCAAGAUCUUCACAAUAACAAAGCUUUACUGAGCAAAGAAAGUAAGGACAAACUCAGUGUGAAUUUUAUGUACGAGCCUCCUCCAGGAGCAAAGAAAGAAAGAGAAAAAGAAGACAACGAGCCUGAAUAUAAAUUUGAGUGGCAGCGUAAAUAUAAUGCACCUAGAGAAAGCUAUUGUAAGGGUGACAGUGAAAUCAGAGAUCAGCCGUUUGGUAUUCAAGUGAGAAAUGUACGUUGUAUAAAGUGUCACAAAUGGGGUCACAUCAAUACGGACAAGGAGUGUCCUUUAUACAGUCAAGCAAUGAGUGUUGUGUUAGCUAAUAACAAUGGAGCAGAAGAACCACAACCCGCACCUGAUGCAUUGAAACUAGUUCAACAAAUGAGGGAUGAUGGACUAGCAUUAAAAAAGUAA